GUGUAACAUUUGGAAAAACCCAACAUAUAUAGUGUAUACGUCAUUACAAUAGAUAGUGGUUAAUUAAGCAGGAUAAUUUAUGUUCCUGUGGACGCUUAUGGUAUCGGAGGCAAAGCAAUGACUCGUAUUUUUGGAACUGUUGUCGUUGUGUUGCUUGUUUUUGCUCCUGGAGUGCUGACAUGUCGACAAAUAUAUUUCAGUGAUGUAAAUGAUAAUGAUGAUUUAAAUUGUGAUCUAGGAUAUGAUCUUUAUCCCGUCGUAAAUCUAUCAGAUACCUGCCCAUUUCAAAUACUAGACUUCUGUAAUGAUGUGAAGUUUCAACGAGAAAUUAGAGAGGAUUACUGUGAGUUGCAUAGGCUUUGUCUAAAUGGCACGUUGCCUCAAUGUGUACAGAAUAUAGAACCACCCGCUUACAACCAAGCUAUUCUAAUUUGUGUACCAAUAGGAUUACAAUGUGAACCAUUUUCCCGAUUUGUUGUUUAUCGCAUCAUGAAUGGACAAAACAUGUACAGACUUUGUAAGAAAAAAUGUGCCGACGGUUAUUACCAUGCUACCAAUCCAGGAUCAUGUUUUAAUCAUUGUUCCAAAAACAACAAUAUACUCAUACAUAAGAAAAGUACACCCACGUCUGCAGCUGUCGUUUAUUGCAACUACAACUAUGGGAAGUGUAAUCCUAACAAACCUAAACUGUUUGAAUUUAGUGAAGUAGAUGAUGGAUGUUCCUCCAACUUUGACAUCAGAUGUCCAUCAGGACAAGACAGAUUGUCAGACUGUUCGUGUGAAGACAAAUGCCAGGAAGGUUCUGUAAGAAAUGCUACAAAUGAUUUCAAAUGUGAACCGUCGUCACCACAAGAAACGAAAUUUACCCCACAACUGAUUGUGAAAUCAUCCACGAAAAAACUUCAAGUCUCAUGGACAUUUCCUGAAAAUUCACAUACAGUGGUUAAUUUCAUAGAGAUUGGAUACAAAGCAGUGAAAGCAGCUAGAAUGAAAAAAAUGUCGCCAAUAUCUGGAGCUAGUGACCCAAGCAUAGACAUUGACGGUCUUAUUCCGGGACAACUUUACUAUAUACAAGCUACUUUCUAUUAUAAUUCCGAUAACGAAUCGGAAACCAAGUUUGUGGAUGUCUACACUGCAACAAACCCUCUGCCAAUACUGAAUUUGAAGUCGGAAUUGCAUGGCCGUAAUGUCACUUUAUUUUGGGAUGAACCCAUCAACAGCGUUCACGGACAGUUCAAGAUCGAGUACAAAAUGGUUGCACGGAACCCGAAGACAUCAUGGAAUCAAGUAAUGACAACCUUUAACAACAGAUCUUUUGAAAGGUUAUUUCCUGGAGAAGAGUACGAGUUUCGUGUCUAUGCUGUAAGCAACACAUCUUUGAGUGAAAAGACAACGUGUAAUCAAAUAAUUCCCCCUUUGCCUCCAGCAGAGAUCAGGAUAGAAACACUUGCUUACACUGCCCAUAAUUACGAGGUAUCCUGGUCAAAAUACGAUAGUAAAAGUCAUGUAGAAGGGUGGCUUCUUAGUUACAAUUCAAGUGAUGAUAAUGGAAAGGAAAUAAAUGUGUCCCGGUCGGCUAGCGGUGAACGUAUCUACUACAAGCUUAAUGGUCUUCAAGGAGAACAAACAUACACAGUUAUGGUUAAAGGCAAAGUUAAAGAUGUGUUUUCAACACCAACAAUAAGCACGAUUGAAACACCAAGAGAUUUAAGAGAUGAGAUAGACCAUAGUGUACGAUCAGUAGCAACUGUUGUGUAUGCAAUCGGUAUUGCUGUUAUCUUAGUUGCAGUUGGCGUCGUGGCAGUAAUUGCUAUACUCCUAAAAUCAUCUGCAGGACGAUCUUUUACCCGCAUUAUAAACCGAUUCUCCAUCCGAGAUAUAAAUACAAACGUUACUGGAUCUAAUGUCAACGUAAACAGAGUGUUGGAAAAUCUUAUCCCCGGACAUCACACACGAUCUACUUCAGAAACAACCUCAGAAGCGUCAGUGAUUAGUCUUUCAAACUCCAGUGAUGGUGAAUAGAACGGGUACACGUUAAUGUGACGUAUGGACACUUCCUGAUA